CUUUCUCUCGCCGGCUCUGUCGGCGCACGUCCUCGUCAAUGAGCCACAGAGCAAGGAGCCCACCCCACCCUCCGCCCCCUCCCCACGCGUGUAUUUCCGCGCGGGCUCCUGCGCACGUGCUCCCUCUUCUUUUUUGGCUGGCGGAUUUCCUCUUUGUCGCAUUCCUCCAUCCGUCCAGGGAGGGAUUGUGUUUUUACUUUUUUUCUUUUCUUUUUUUAAAUUAUUCUCCUUAGUGGUGGGAAUGAUCUGCUUUCCGUCUGCGUCGUUUCCAUGUCAGCAUGGGAACCACCGCGUCCAAAAGGAGGAAUUUGAGAAACGACGCGAUCUCGUCUGUGACUGCAAAAGUUAGAGCAGCACGAGCAUUUGGAGAGUACCUGUCCCACACACACCUCGACAACCGAAACGGAUCAGCUCAUCUCCUGUGUGAAACCUCGGUCGGAGCUGACCCAGAGUCGCCAACCGAGACCGCUGGCGCCAACAACAACAACCACCUUCAUCUGUGCUCAGACAACACCAAGGACCGGAAAGAUAGCUCGCAGGACAUAGCGCUGAAAACUUCUGUGGGUCUACACCGCCAACCGCCUCCGUCCAUCCCCGUUUCCAGGAAGCCGGCGCGGUUAUCCCUCGAACGCAGCUUCUCAGCGGAGGAGGACAAGCAGAAGGGCGUGGAGGGCACUCUGCAGCCUGCUCGUGUGUAUACCAUCACCACCCGGCACGGUAUGCUGAUGAGUGGCGGCCGGGGCAGCAAGGAGAGCCUCGAAUUGGAUGUCUUAAAGGAGAGGUCAGGGAGUGGCGGAGUGGGACCCAAAGGUAGCGGUGCCGGCGGCCACGCAACCUUGAUCCAGCCCUCCACGUCCCCUUCGUCCUCCUCGUCGUCGCCGACCCAGUACCACCAAAGCGGGAGCGGCCGUGGCGCCGGCAGUUGCGGCGGCACCCACCAUCACCACAGCAACCACCACCACCACCACACGGGGCCGUCAAGCAGCAGCGGAGGGGCCUGUGGGCCGAGCGGAAGCGGUAACCAGCAAGCCAUGAGCGUCCCGGGGUCUCACUCCCACCACGCCGCACACCACCACCACCACCAUCACCUGGCUCAGCCCCCCCUGCAAACCUCCGUCAGCGCCCACAACAUCCGCAGCUGGGGAGACGGCGGAAAAGCGGAGGCAGAAUGUAGAGGGCUGGCCUGUGAGUCCUGCAGUGCUGUCCCCUCUCGGAGUCAAGGAUCCCUGGACCUUGAAAGUGCAUCCCGAGAGCCAGGCAAGCAGCACCGACGCCUCGAGAGGAUGUGGAGUGUGGACCGGGUGACUGGGCUGGAGAGAGAUGAUGCGAACUGGUUCCCCAAGGAAAACAUGUUCACCUUUCAAACGGCCACAACCACCAUGCAGGCGAUAUCGAACUUCCGGAAGCAUCUUCGUAUGGUGGGCAGCAGAAGGAUUAAAGCACAGACGUUCGCUGAGCGUAGAUCGAAGAGUUUCAGCCGCUCCUGGAGUGACCCCACCCCUGUCAAGACUGACUCUCCUCAUGAACCCAGAGACAGUGGGGACCUGCAGACUUCCUGCAGCACCCUCGACGAAGGCGGCGUUGAUGAAGCUGCCGACUGGGAGGAGGAGAGAGAGAUGGAGAGGCUCGCCUGCGAGGGAGAUGACUUUAUACCUCCCAAAAUCAUGCUGAUCUCCUCAAAAGUCCCCAAAGCGGAGUACGUACCCACAAUAAUCCGCAGGGAUGACCCGUCCAUCAUCCCCAUCCUCUACGACCAUGAACAUGCAACUUUUGAUGACAUUUUAGAGGAAAUAGAGAAGAAGCUCGCAGCUUACAGAAGGGGAAGCAAAUUCUGGAGGAUGCUCAUCUUUUGCCAGGGAGGGCCAGGUCACUUGUACCUCCUGAAGAAUAAAGUAGCAACAUUCGCUAAGGUGGAAAAGGAGGAAGACAUGAGCCAAUUCUGGAGACGACUCAGCAGAAUGAUGAGUAAAGUCAACCCGGAGCCCAACCUCAUCCACAUCAUGGGAUGCUACGUCCUGGGUAACCCAAAUGGAGAGAAGCUGUUCCAGAAACUGAAGAAUCUGAUGAGGCCUUAUUCCGUGGAGUUCGAGUCGCCGCUGGAGCUUUCCGCGCAGGGCAAAGAGAUGAUCGAGAUGUACUUCGACUUCCGCCUCUACCGCCUGUGGAAGACGCGUCAGCACUCCAAACUGUUGGAUUACGAGGACCUUUUGUGACGGAAGAUGACGAGAAUGUUCCUCGCGUUGCGGUGACUGGACGCUUUGCUCACUUGGCGUCCACGGCGGAAAAGGGACAAGGACCCUGAAAGAAU